AGAGGAGGGGGGAGGUCUGCUUGAAUAUCUAAACAGAAUUAUGUUAAUCAGCGCGCUGCCAGGGACUGGAGCCGUAUUUACCGUCUGUGGACGGUACGCGGCAAACUAGUCCAGCAUAUCGGAUCGCUGGCAAGGCGCAGAGAGAGAGAGAGGGAGAGAGAGAGAGUCAGUAGCUGAGCUGAGCUGAGCUGAGCUGAGCUGAACGGAGACUCGCCAUCCUCACUCAGUUCCAGGAGCCACAGGUAGAAGCGGCCACAGCAACAGGUCCAUUGACUGAAGACUGAAGCUGCAAGUGAAAGCCCAGCUGAACACAACCAGAGAGACAGACAGAGGGAGCAAGUUCUCUCUAUACUGUGCAUUGCUAUUGCAUUGCUCUCCUGGGUGAAGGCGAGCAUCUGCCGGUGCUGAUUCUACCUCCUUGCACUGUCUCAAGGGCUGGGCUGGGAGCUGGCGACAAUACCGAUCAUGCCGAAAGCGUCCACGGAGAGGGGUUGCAAGCGGCAGGUUGAAGCAGCCGGGACGGCGCGGAGCCGGGCGCCGGCACUCGGGGGGAUGUGCUGGACUCUGCCCAGCGUCCUGUGGUCUGUGCUGUCGCUGGGCUCGGUGGCUUUCUGCAUUUGCCUCAGCGUGAAAACUUCGCAGCUAGAAGAGCGGAUCCUCGACCUGGAAAGUGUGAAGGGAGAUGUCUUGCUGCCUCCUCUCAGCCCGAGUUCGACGGCGGAUCGGAUGCGAGUGCUCGUCCAGGAGAGAGUGGAUCAGCUCCUGAGCCAGCCGAGAUUCCACGAAGGCGAAGCGAGACGCCGGAGCGCCAGGGAGGCAUCCGCCGAGUGUAACUGUCCUGCAGGACCUCCUGGAAAACGCGGCAGGAGGGGCAGAAAUGGGGAACCUGGACCUCCCGGUCCACCCGGUCCAAAAGGUGACAAGGGUGAUCAAGGCGAUCAGGGGCCGAGGAUGGCGUUUCCAUACCCAAGAGUCAAUCAUGGGUUCCUCUCGGCUGAUCAGCAGUUUAUUAAGCGACGUCUCAUGAAGGGUGAUCAAGGUCAAGCUGGCCAACCUGGACCGCCUGGGCCUCCUGGUCCUCCAGGCCCACGUGGUCCUCCGGGUGACACGGGGAAGGAUGGUCCUCGAGGAAUGCCUGGAGUACCUGGAGAAACGGGGUCAAGAGGUGAACCUGGAUUGGUGGGACCUCAGGGACCACCAGGACAAAAGGGGUCUGUGGGUUUCAGUGGAGUACCUGGCGUUCACGGACAGAAGGGUGAUCUUGGUGGGACUGGGAAGGUUGGUGAUCCAGGUACCAAGGGCGAAGUAGGAGAUCAAGGUGAGAAGGGCGUCGCUGGUCCGAAAGGUGACAAAGGCGGAAAGGGUGACCCUGGAUCAUCAGCUGCGGGAAUAAAGGGGGAACCAGGUGAAACAGGACUUCAUGGACAAAAGGGUGAACCAGGUCUUCCUGGGCUUCCUGGACUCCCUGGGAUAAAGGGGGAGCCAGGCUUUUGGGGUCCUCAGGGAGAACCCGGGUUGCCUGGGUUACCAGGAACAAAGGGAGAGAAAGGAGAUGGAGGGCCACCUGGAAGAGGUGAAAUCGGCCUGUCUGGAUCUUCAGGCCCCAAGGGUGAGCCGGGUGAUCUAGGGAUGCCGGGCCGGCACGGAGUGAAGGGUGACCAUGGAAAAGAUGGAGAAUCGGGGCCUAUGGGACCCAGAGGCCCACCUGGUCAGAAGGGUGAACAAGGAGUAACCGAGAUAAUAGAUUACAAUGGCAACAUCCACCAGGCACUACAGGGUCCACCAGGCCCUCAAGGAUCUCCAGGAAUGCAAGGAUCAAAGGGAGACAUGGGGAGUCCUGGAUCAUAUGGAGUCCCAGGAGUACAGGGCCCUAAAGGUUCUAAAGGUGACAUUGGCAUUUCAGGAGAUAAAGGAAGCAUGGGCCUACCUGGAUUAUCUGGUAUUAAUGGAGAAAAGGGAGAAAAAGGAGAAAAAGGAGAUCAUGGAUUGGCUGGUCCACAAGGCACUUCUAUUGCCGGACCCCCAGGCCCCACUGGCUCACAAGGCCCACCAGGUCCAAUGGGUGAACCAGGGUUGAAUGGUGUUAAAGGAGGGAAGGGUGAACCAGGUCAAAAAGGUGACAGAGGACCCCUUGGUCUCCCAGGUGCCUCUGGCUUAGAUGGACAGCCAGCACAGCGGGGCAUGGACGGUACUGUGGGGCCCGCAGGCCCAGCUGGUCCAAAGGGAGACAGAGGAGAAAAAGGAGGUGUUGGUAACCCUGGGACUAGAGGACCGACAGGUUUGCCUGGCCUUGAUGGAGAUCCAGGGCUAGAUGGAUUUUCCGGUCCGAAAGGAGAUAGAGGAGAGAGGGGAGAAAAGGGGGAAAAGGGAAAGAAAGGCAAAAAAGGGCCUAAGGGGGAGAAAGGAGAACAGGGUGCCCCUGGAUUAGAUGCACCUUGCCCAUUGGGUCCGGAUGGAUUGCCGAUGCCAGGAUGUUGGCAGAAGUGAUGAGUCUAACACGAAAGCAUGAAGUUUGUACAUAAUGCUCCAUAUUUUGUAUUUAUAUAGUUGUAACAGCUUAAAAAAAAGUCAAGAAAACGUUCACACGUAGCUGCUUUACUUCUUUAUAGUAAGAAGUUAAACAUCAUACAUUGACCGACAGAAUAGUUCUGUUGGCGACUCAUCGUGUUAACAAGAAACAAUGUGGCAAUGUUGUUCGCCAGUGCUACCAGUGAGCUAUGUCUCACCUUGUGGAUUUUGCAUGGGCAAGUGCCAUUGAUACUUCUCAGACCAUCAUAUAAUUGUUACCAAAUAGACUAAAGCAGAUCAAUACUGUGGAAUGUCAUUGGUUGUUUCCAUUGUAAAUAACUUGGCCAUUGCUUACAAUCUCCGACUAAAGUUCCAUCACUGAUUUUCCACCGUCGUAUCUGUGCUAAAGUGAAGUGCAUGAUAUGCUUGACCAGUGCUAGAUGUGUGACCACUUCAAACGCAAACAUUCUGUGCAAUCACACCUGUGGCUGAGGCCUCUGAACUGUCUUUUUUCUUUUCUCCAUCUAAAGGGAGGAAAUCCCUGGCUCAUUGCCAGAAAGAAAUAAUUGAAAUGCAGAGGAAAAGGGGUUUGAAUUUGCAAAAACAAAAUGGCUAACCUUCUGUUGUUCAACAUCCUGUGUUGUGCAUGAAGUAACCAUGGCAGCAUCAAUUUUUUUUUGGUUUUGUGCAAGCCAGCUCAGAUGGAUGGCAGAGUGACUGAGUUGAUGAUUCAGUGCUCCAAGGGCCAGUCCUUGGCUAAUGCACGGACAGUGACUCUGACAGCAUUGUGUAGCCAGGCUGUAGCAUGGCAUGUUUAUCAUUCAGAGGAUUUGGAAGAACAAGUGGAUUUAACGGAAAUUCCAUAAAGGAGCAAGAGACUCUUUCUCAUGGAGCAGAGACAUGUCAAUCCUAAAUGAGACAAAAAUAAAAGGAAAUAGCUUUUGACUGAGCUUGGAAACCGGCCACAAGAUUGUUCAACCCAAGUGGGAAAUUUAAACUGGCUCCAAUGGAUAAUUUUGGAGUUGAAAGGAUUUCGAAUCAAAUGUCUAAAGCAUCUUAUGAAACACUUUGCUACUGUUGCCAAACAGUGGAGAGAUGCCGAUGGUAUUAUGCAUGACAAUUAGGAAGACUUCAGCGUGGAAGAACAAGGGUGUUUGGAUUUUAAUUGAAAAGCUCUCUGAAGCAGAUGACCCAGAAGCUUUAGUUUAAUGCAUUUGACAACAAAAACCUUUUGUGCCUCAACUAUUCAAUACUUUAUACAUUUGUCUUUCAUAAAUGCAAACCAUAGUGUUAUAUUUAAUGGGAAUGUUGCCAAACGAGGCAUUUUAUGAUAAUCUCUCUUCUCGACUAUGAUUUAUAAUUGUUCUAUACUUUACGAACUAUAGCAUUUGGUUGCUCUGGACAUAACUUUUGUUUUGAUUCAAGACAGGUCUUCCUGCGGAUUCCUCUAGCGAGUCCCCUUUGCGCCAUUGUUGCAACUACAGGCAGCUUAACUUCUUGCAUACUUUUACUGAGCAACUGCACCUAUUGAUUUAAAACUUGGCAUCAACCCGGUGUCAUGUUUAUCUCUACAUCCUUUUGUUGGUGCUAGCAUAUGGCAUCUUACUUCAUGGUUGGUGCCCAAUUGUGUAUCAGUAAACCUGGGCUUUAAGAAGUCUGAUAGUUUCUGAGAUAGGAAGAUACGUUUUUUGGAGUUUUUUAAAGACUUCAUUUAGCAUAUGCAUUUUUUUGAGGAUAGUAAUUCCAAAAGUAAUAUUUCAGUCUCUGUGUGUUAAUGUUAUACAAGCAUUAGUAAUUUAACUUGGAGGUAUAUUCUGAUGUCGAGUUCUAAAUACAAGUACCUGACCCCUAUCAAAGUCAAUGGAUGCAUUGUUUCUAUCUUCCCAUUAUUUUUUACUAAAUUGUAUCCUUCACGUUCUACUAUUUUAAUGAACGAUUAAAUAAUAUGUCCAUUGAAUGUCUACUCCAACAAAAGGAUAGAGACUACACACCAUACUCCGAUAUAGCAUCUACUUUGCUUUACUUGGUGUGGGCAAAAGCUGAGGCAACUGUAUAUUUUUAAUGCUAAGACCAAGUCCUCACAUUGUCACCAUUACACGCUACUUUGGUUGCAUAUGGUUUAUCUUUUGAUACAUGCCAAGUAUGAAUUAUAUGUUUCUACUAUGUAUAAAAUGUCAGUUAUGUUUUAUUAUCUAACUUUAACCAUUCCGCUUGUUCCUAAAGCAUUUUAUUAUAAAAUGCGCAGUCACGACAGUGGUUCAUCAGACCAGCAUUUUUUUUAAGUGUCAGACGAAGGGAAUAUUUUAUGCAAGCUUUCUUAUAUAUAUAAAUAUAUAUAUUUGGUUGUUGUUGUCCUGUUUAAAGGCUCAAAUGCACAAAUGAACUGCUGUUAAGUAACAUUAAUACAUUCUUCAGGAUUUUUUUCCUGAAUUAAAUUCACAUUACACUGCAGAAUGGCUGAGCUUACAUUGCCAUUACCUUAGCUCAUGAAAAAAAAGUUGGGAAUAUUUCUAGUGCAAUCUUUCUGUUUUGGUUUUACUUAGAUUCUCAUACAUUAAAUCAUUUUGCUGCCUAGUUCAUUAAGCAGAAUGAUGUGAACUUUAACGAGAUAGUGUUUUUUAUCAAUCCUUGGAAAUUAGUUUCCUUUCCCUAAACAUUGCCAAGUUGUUCUUAUGUGUUGUUCAAAUGUCCUCCUCGAUUAUAUUAAAGUAUGAACCGACGUAAAGAUCCAAUGAGGAGUAUUGGUUCUAGAUCUUUUCCUUGCAGAAUAAUGCAUGCAAUUCUCUUUUAAUGUGCAGAGGUCAGAGAGGCAGCACUAAAACAUUUUGAAUAAUUGAGGUUAAAGAUAUCCUUGUUGGUUGAUUGGUUUGGACAACUUUGUCUUCCAAUAUAUGACAGGGUUUGUCACAAUAGUAAAUGUAAAGAUUCAAUGAGAAUCACUAUCAUCUAGUCCUUGCACGAUAACACAUGUGUGCAACAGGUACAUUUUUAUCCAGCAAGGAAGGAUCUUUAAAAACUUUAAAGUUCUGUCCCACUUAGCGAUUUUUUUCGGCGACUGCCGGCGUCAUAUCAGUGUCGCAAAAGAUUUUGAACAUUUCAAAAUCCAGCGGCAACAAAAAAAAUGUUGCGACACCUGAAAAAACACCGCGCGUCAUACGUCAUCACGCCGCGUCAGCGCCGCAUCAUGCCACCUCACGCCGCAUCACACCGCAAAUUUUUUGGUGACCUGAUACGUCAGUCAAUGAUGCUGGAGGUCGCUGAAAAAAAUCGCCAAAUGGGACAGGCCCUUUACACUAUUGAGGAUAAAGCAAUACCCUGCAUAGUUUGUUGAUUAAUCCAAUUGAGAGGGCUCCGUCUUCUGUUGUGCUAUACUUGCAUUUCUAAUGGACUUUCCCCAAUUUGGCAAUCUGAUACAAGCAGAGGAAUUCUCCAAUGAUGGAUUAAAAGCAGGAAAACAUCCUUUUUUUGGUGUACACUUACUGCAAAGGUAUUAUUUUAUACUCUGAAAAUUUGCCAUUACUCUCUGUUUGCCAUUUCACCUGAUAUAUGUUUGGCUGAGAUAUCAACUGUAACAAAACUAUGUACCUUCCAUUCACUCCGGUUUAUUAUGGUAAUAAUUUGUGUUAAACAAUAUAAUUACUAAUACUGCUCUAUGGUUUUAGAGUAAUUACUGCUGAAUGUGUCAACAAAGCAAAGACAUAGUACUUGGCUCAUGAAUGGCAGUAAAAUAACAGAUCCAAAUUCAUAAAUGCAACAUACUGUCCUAAUGGGCUGAAGAGGCCACAUGGAGAGUUGCUAUGCUCCAAUAUCCUGCUUCUUGGAGAAAAACAAAUCAGUUUAUUGAAUCCAUGUUGGCAAUUGUGAAAAAGCGUAAGGUUUGCAGAAACCAAGAAUAUUAAGUAAUAAAAGAAAAUGUAACACAUUUCUAAGUAGUGCAGCCUCUUACACUCUCACCUGUCUAAAAUCCUUUCACACUGUGUGGCCAUCUGUUUGUUUCAAGCAUGGACCCCAAAAUGUCGAGAUUAAUGAUGCUGUUAUUAUCGAUGUAACCCACAUAUAACAUAAACAAAAACAACAUUUGUAAUUAUUUGAAUUUUACCCAUUAAAUGACAUUCCCAUUAAAACACUUUGAUAUGAAAAUGCCAGAGAAUAGGGCGUUUUUUUCAGUCCUGUACUUUGGGUGUAGAUUUUCCAGAUUCACAACAGAAGGAAAGAGUGGAUCCAUCACUGUACGUCUAAGAGCUGUUAUGUUACUCCAGUAUUUAAGUGUUUUGUUAGGUUAUCUUCACAUGCUUGAAAGACCCAUGUCUAAAAUAACAAUUAUCAGGAGGCUGAACAAAGUGAUUCAAACGUCUCACCUCGUUCCCUUGGUCAUAGAGUCAUAUAGUGAUACAGUGUGGAAACAGGCCUUCCACCCAACUUGCCCACUCCGGCCAACAUGUCCCAGCUACACUAGUCCCAUCUGCCUGCGUUUGGUCAAUAUCCCUCCAAAUUUGUCCUAUCCAUGUACCUGUCCAACUGUUUCUUAAACAUUGGGAUAGUCCCAGCCUCAACUAUCUCCCCUGGCAGCUUGUUCCAUACACCCACCACCCUACAUGUGAAAAAGUUACCCUUCAGAUUCCUAUCGAAUCUUUUCCCCUUCACCUUGAACCUAUGUCCUCUGGUGCUCGAUUCCCCUACUUUGGGCAAGAGAUUCUGUGCAUCUACCCGAUUUAUUCCUCUCAUGAUUUUAUACACGUCUAUCCAGUAAAAUACUCAUGAAUAUGUAGUGUAUUGAAGAAAGUACAUUUUUGUGAUUAAAAAGAGGACUGCUCUCAGAUACGUAGAGACAACAUAUGUGCAGUGCAGAUGAAGGAACUGCAGGUUUGUAACAAAAUCCAGUCAUCUUCCGGCAUUUGACUUCAUCAGAUGAUAUCUGUUGAUGGGUGGGGGGGCACUGUAAUUGUCAUCAGGUAUCUCCUGCAGUUCCUUAUUACCCUCCCAGUCAAUGGGCAGGUUCGAACCUGGAGUUGCCCCAGGAUGAUGUAUAUAUCCUCGAUGCUCCUCACAGGGACAACGUACCUUGGUUGCGUCGUAUGUGUCAGAUAACCUGAUAGGAAAUCUUUCAUCAUCCAGUGAUCUACACUGGUGUCCAAUAAUGCUCAUGGAUACCUAUACACAAGUCUUGUUGCUGAGCGUUACAAUGUGCUCAGAAGCAUUACUUCUGCUUCAGUUGUUGAUAAAGGAUAGGGAAUGAAUAUCAUUAUACUCCCAUUCAGUAAACCACUUGCACUGGAGAUUGAUACCUAAGCCUGCCCAGUAAUCACAUGUUUAAACAUUCCCGUGAGGGAAAGUGAAAAAGUAAGUCUGAAUAAGGGUCCCACACGAAACAUCACCUAUCCAUGUUCUCCAGAGAUGCUGCCUGACCCUCUGAGUUAUUCCAGCAAUUUGUGUCUUUUUUUAAAUCAUUAGUUACCUGUCCUCCUAUCUCUGGCACCCUAUCAACCUACAUACUAUUCUAUAUACCUAUUAUUUAAAAGUUACCCUUUCUCAAGUUGCUCUGACAAUUUGGAAAUACACACAAUAUUAUUAUUUCCAAUUCAUUAUUAUUUCCAUGUUCCUUUAAACAAGUUUCAGCAUCCCUUUCAUUGCAUGUCCACGAAACACAGUGUUCCAGCACUUUCUGUCUGCCGUCUCCAACACAAUAAAAAGUUGCUAAUGCCAAGUCUGCAAAAGGGGCUGAUGAGAAAAAAAUGCCAUCUUUAAAAAAUGCCAUCUUUAUCCUAUCAAACACAUAUAAUGCUGUAGAUAGUUUAAAGAUAUAGCGCGGAAACAGCCCCUUCGGCCACCGGGUCCGUGCCUACCAGCGAUCCCCACAUAUUAACACUCUCCUACACACACUAGGGACAAUUUUUACAUUUACCAAGCCAAUAAACCUACAUACCAAUAUGUCUUUGGUGUGUGGGAGGAAACGGAAGAUCUCGUAGAAAACCCACGGGGAGAACGUGCAAACUCAAUACGGACAGCACCCGCAGUCGGGAUCGAACCCGGGUCUCUGGUGCUGUAAGGUAGUAACUCUACCACUGCGCCACCAUGCCGUUCUGUUGCUUGUACUAUGUCUUUGUCUUUGCAGGGAAGCCAUCUGCUCCAGCAGUGCAAGCAUAUUAGUAAAACUUGGGCUUUGCUAGUGUUGAAUGUCAUUUUGGUGAAAUAUUUAAAAUGAAUGUGUUUUAAUGUAUUUUUGGUAUACAUAAUAUAGGCAUGAUUGGUAUUUUCUUUCUUUUAUUUUCACUGCGAUUAUCCUUUUUCCACAGAAUAUAAUCUAAAAGACAGAAAUUGUCACUGUCUUUUGAAUGUAACAGGAAAUAAACGUCAGUUUUUAACUUCAGGCAAGGUCAUGCCGCAAUCUGCUGCUUUAGCUGAGGUGGAAUUGAUGUUGUGCAUUUGAAUGCAGCAGACGCAGACAUAAAAAGGUUAAAGUUGUGGCUCUUUGGUCAUUUCAAAAGCAACAUAAUAAAUUUAACAUCUUGCUCUUUGUGUGCGUUGACUCUGAUGGCAUGAUGAGGAAUUGCAAUAAUUAAUUUGUUUUUCAUUCAUUUUAUAUCAUAUGUUUGAACCAUAUAUAUAUGUGAUUUUUUUUUCAUUCUAAAUCAGUGGUGUUUUUGUAUAUUUCCAAAAUGUUUUAAUAUUAAGAAGUUGACCUUCAGAACUAUUUUUACAAAAUGCUUUUUUUUUGGGGGGG